AUGCGAAACCUACGAAAUUCGAGGCACUCUCUCGUCGAGUUCCCCACGGACUCUCUGCCACCAACUGCUACUACUUGGGAUCCCGCUACCGAUGGCAUUAUUGCCGCGUUUGGUCCUUCAUCUUCUAGUCCGGUCAUCGAACUCAGACGCCUAGCCAAGGAUUGCUAUUCUGCUCAUGAUGCAAAGCAAAUUGCUUCAUGGGAUGCUCCCAGCCCUUUGCCAGAUAUCCCUGUAGACAGUAUUUUGUCGUUACAAUAUUUCGCCGACACUGCUACUAUUUGCUUGAUCUUGGCUGGUGGCGAUAUUGUCAUUGUCAGAGAAGAGCCGCUGCCCGGAGAGGAUCUUAUCGAAAUUGUUGGCUCAGUCGAUGAAGGCAUUGCUGCAGCUGCAUGGUCACCCGACGAGGAAUUGCUGGCAAUUAGCACUCGCGCCAAUACUUUGAUUCUCAUGACCCGCGAUUUCGAGAGUAUCGCCAACGUCACUCUCUCUCCUGAAGAUGUUCAAGUUUCCGCUCAUGUCUCCGUUGGCUGGGGAAAACGCGAGACACAAUUUCAAGGAAAGAGAGCCAAAGCUCUCAAAGAUCCUACGGUGCCGGAGCAUGUUGAUGAAGGUCAACUUAGUUCUCUGGAUCAAAUGCAGACUACCAUUACCUGGCGUGGAGAUGGUGCUUAUCUGGCUGUCAACUCUGUCCAGGACGGAAAGCGACGAAUGAUUAGAGUUUACUCGCGAGAAGGUGUACUUGACAGCGUCGGUGAGCCUGUGGAUGGACUCGAAGGUGCUUUGAGCUGGAGACCUGCUGGAAACCUCAUAGCUGGCAUACAGCGCCGAUCUGACCGUGUGGACGUGGUCUUCUUUGAGCGCAAUGGCUUGCGUCAUGGUGAAUUUUCGCUUCGCCUAUCUGCAGAGGACAUGGAGAGCUGGGCUAGUGCUAUCACUCUUGCGUGGAACAGCGACUCUACCGUACUUGCUGUUUCUUUCAAAGACAGAGUACAGCUGUGGACUAUGGGCAACUACCACUACUAUCUCAAGCAAGAGAUAUUCGCCGAUGUCACAACAGAAGCAGAACCACUCCCGGUCCGUACAGCUUGGCACCCCGAGAAGCCACUCUAUCUUUCUGCAUCGUCCAGUAUAUCAAAGAGCUCGACAACACCGCCACACGACCUGGGUCUUACCUCUGUUAUCGACGGACUUAACCUUAAAAUCACGCCGCUCAGGGUAGCCAAUGUACCACCGCCCAUGGCUUUUACGGAACUAGAACUUAGUGCCAAUGCCAUCGAUGUGGCUGUUAAUCAAUCGGCAACCAAGAUCGCAGUACUGCAUCAAUAUGCUGUUUCGUUCUAUGAGCUCAACUACAGCGUCAGACCGUUCCAGCAACCUAAGCUUUUACGUGGAGCAUCGAUGGCAGGGCAGAUCCCUCGCCAAAUUGCAUUCUCGGGAGAAGAUGCCAUCUCAGUGCUUUGCAGCGAGCCAAACACCCAAGCCGAUAGCAUCAUCGAGCUAAAUGUCUCUGACGAUGGAGCCUUCGAAUCCGGUGAACUGACGUCCGGUGCUGGAUCUCUGUUCUCUGCUGUGGACUUCUCGAGCACCUGUUUCGAGGAUGCACGUGGUGGUGUGUAUGAGCUCGGUAAUGCCGCUUCUUCUUCGCUACUCGCCAGACUUCCAGUGCACUGCCCUUGGACCGAGGUCUGGAAGGAUGACGAAACGACGAUUGUAUUUGGCCUCUCGGCAGGUGGUACCUUGUUUGGCUACCGCAAGUCUUCAGGUGAUUUGGAGGCACAAGAGUGUCUUCAGAUCCGCAACUGCACCUCAUACUUAACUACUCCUGCUCAUCUGAUCUUCACUACGACUCAGCAUCUGCUCAAGUUCGUCCAUCUCCACCAGGGUAGUCUAGAGAUUCCUCAGGACGAGCCUGAGAAGGACGAACGUUGCCGUAGUAUCGAAAGAGGUGCGAAACUCGUGGCAGUCAUGCCUACGAAUUUCUCUCUUAUCCUUCAAAUGCCAAGAGGCAACUUGGAGACAAUCUACCCUCGUGCUCUGGUUCUUGCUGGCAUCCGCAGAAGCAUCAGUGCCAAAGACUACAAAACUGCCUUCUUCGCUUGCCGUGGCCAGAGAGUUGAUAUGAACAUUCUCCACGACUACGCACCACAACAAUUCAUGGCCAACGUCCUGUUGUUCUGCAAGCAACUGAAGAAAGCCGAACAUAUUGACCUGUUCCUCUCGCAACUACGGGAUGAUGAUGUUGCAGAGACCAUGUACAAGGAGACAUUAAAUGCCCCGAAGUUGGGUCUUCAUGGCGACAGCCCGAACGAGAUUCAAGAGACGGGUAUUGAGCCUCAGAGCUCCAAGAUCAACAGAGUCUGCGACGCUUUCUUGGACGUGUUGCGAAACCGAACAUCCACCCACUUACAAAACAUCAUCACGGCACACGUGUGCAAGUCGCCUCCUGAUCUUGAUGCUGGCCUGUCAUUGAUCGCGAAGUUGCGAGAAGAGCAACCUGACUUGGUUGAACGCGCAGUUGAACACAUCUGUUUCCUUGCCGAUGUCAACCAACUCUAUGACCACGCUCUUGGUCUGUACGACCUUGAUGUCGCAUUGCUCAUCGCUCAGCAGUCACAANAAGAUCCACGAGAGUAUCUUCCAUACGUUCAAGGCCUUGGUAAGAUGCAGCCACUUCGUAGACAGUUCACGAUCGACCACGAUUUGAAGAAGCAUAACAAGGCCCUUGGUCAUCUGUUCACCAUGGAUGAGUUCGACGAGCUCAAGACUUACAUGGCUAAGCACGAGCUCUACAGUGAUGCCAUGCAUCUCUACAGAUACCAGGCGCAGCGAUUGAACGAGAUCAUGAAGCUCAAUGCCGACUACCUAAAUAGUCGCAACCGCUACAAGGAGGCAGGUAUUGCCUACGAAUAUCUCGGCGAGUACAGCUUGGCAUUCGAAGCUUACCGAUCGGCAAACGAGUGGCGCGAGUGUAUUUCGUCGGCCACUCUUAUACCUUUACCCAAAGAUGAGCUUGUGGCUGUAGGUGAGGCAUUUGCCGAAGCACUUACGGAGUCAAAGGAGCAUUACGAUGCAGCAACUGUUCAUCUUGACUAUCUCAGUGACAUCGAAGGAGCCAUCAAAUCCUUGUGCAAGGGCUACUACUACGCGGAGGCUAUUCGAGUUGUUGGCCUGAGACGACGAGCAGAGCUUAUCGCAGAGAUUGUUGACCCUGGUCUUGUAGAGGGAUCUGCAACCAUGACAGAGCUUCUCGCAGAGAUGAAGAGUCAGCUCAAUGCUCAGGUACCGCGAUUGAGAGAGUUGAGACAAAAGAAGGAAGAAGACCCGCUCGCCUUCUUUGGAGGUGUUCCCGCAGAUGGACCAGAUAUUCCUGACAACAUCUCACUCGCACCAACCGAAGCUACCACCUCGGCCGGUACCUUCAUGACCCGUUACACCAACCGCAGUACAGGCACUCUUGCCUCAAACGCGACACGCAAGACGUCGAAGAAUCGCCGACGUGAAGAGCGCAAGCGAGCUAGAGGCAAANAGGGGAGUGUUUACGAGGAAGAGUAUAUUGUCAACUCAAUUGGACGCCUCAUCGAACGCUCAAACAGCGUUAGCGAGGAGGUCACUCGUCUGGUCGAAGGACUGAUGAGGAGAGCGAUGAGAGAGCGUGCUGUUGCAGUGGAAAAUGCCAUGGCCGAAGUCGUCGAGCUAUGCAAGACUUGCAUCCCCGAAGUGUUCCAAGUCAAGCCGACGCAAUCUCCCAAUGUCGAGUCAGGCGAGGUUAAUGGGGAUGAUGAGGCUGGCAGGCCCACUACUGGUGGUCAAGCCGUGUUCUUUGAUGCCAUGGAGGCGAACCAGGCGAAGCGAGAACCACCAGUCGUGAAAGCCUUCUCUAGGCUUUCGUUACUUGGUUAG